GUUUCUUACUGUUUUUGAGUUUGCUAUGCUGCUGUGCAAUGGAUCAAACAAGUACGUACCAGAGGUUUUGACUGUUUCUUCUGUGGCAUCUGUGUGGAAAGUGCCACACACACUCCAGAACAACAACGGCUUUUGCUUGUAUCUUCCAGUGUUUCUUUUGUCAGCGAGUUCAGCAAAGUUGUAAUUCAAGUGCCAGCCCUGAUCAGAGUGAGGAACCAGCAACAGAGAUGGUAAAAAUGACAAAAUCCAAAACGUUCCAGGCUUACCUGCCAAACUGUCAUCGAACUUACAGUUGUAUCCACUGCAGAGCCCAUCUAGCCAAUCAUGAUGAACUGAUUUCCAAGUCCUUUCAGGGAAGCCAGGGACGAGCCUACCUCUUUAAUUCAGUGGUGAAUGUGGGCUGCGGUCCCGCAGAAGAGAGAGUCCUCCUGACAGGCUUGCACGCUGUAGCAGAUAUUUAUUGUGAAAACUGCAAAACUACUCUUGGGUGGAAAUAUGAACACGCGUUUGAGAGCAGUCAGAAGUACAAAGAAGGAAAAUUCAUCAUUGAACUUGCCCACAUGAUCAAAGACAAUGGCUGGGAGUAAAAUUGGAUUAUUCUCAUUCUUUGUGGACAAUCUGUGGAACGUGCUUUAUAAAGACUAAUGCAAACAAACAACAAAAAAAGGAUUUUGGUUGAGGUGGCUGAGAAAAAUCACUGAAUUUUUGAAACCUCCAAAAUAAAUAGUGUAAUUUGUGGCAUUUCACUCCCCCCCCCUUUCCAGGCCAUGUUUUUGCCUUCUCCUCUUUGUGUAAGUUCCCCUCUUUUGUAUAUGUAUUCCUGUGUGAACAGUUUUGGAUGAACUUUUUUCUAAGCUUCUGAAUCCUAGAGGAAUAGUUCCUUAAUGGCACAUUAGCUUUUCUGGCCGGCAUCUUAUCUUUCAAUCUCUGCCUUUGAACACUCCUUUCCGCUGUGCAUGCUUUCUGUCCCCUACCGUCCCCAAAAUCUUGUCGGGAGGCCUGAGCGGAUAGGAGUGUAGUCUCUCUCCUCCAUACGUAGCAGUUUCUGAGGUCUUUUUGCAGUGCAAAGGAUGCAGCGUUGUAGUAGCCGUUACCGCUCUGGAUAAUUUUGCACGGACUGCAACCUGCAGACAUCAUUUUGGCCAGGCUGGUAAAGGCUCAGUCAGUUGUACUGACUGAUGUAAAGGAAGGUUUGCUUUUAAAAAAAAAAAAUGUUUGUUUUUAAACAGGCAGGGGAAGAUAGGACAAUAGCUUGCAAGGAUAACUAAUACUGUAGAAUAUAUGAAAACCUAAAUCAAUACAUUCCUAAGGAAAGUCAAGCUUUGGUCUGUUGAGGAAGAGCUUCUUACAAAGUCUUCGAGAUUAAAGGGCACAAAUAUAUGCAGCUGUUGUUCUUAAGACAUCAGUGUACAAUGUCUUUGGUACUGUCCCUUUAGCAGAGGGGACUCGUACCUCACCUUGAGGUUGUAUGGCUGGUUCCAUGUAGUUACCUAGUGUUAAUGCACUGGACAAAGAGGUUGAUAUCAGUGAAGCAGUCUGUUGCUGCUGCCGCUGCAGCGCUUAGACGCAAACAUAUUUUUUUCCUGCGUGGAGAAAUGGCAGGGGCUAUAGCUCUUACCACCAUUACCUGUGGGAGGCCGGAAGUUGGCAAGCAGGUAAGAAAGUGGCAAAUCGACUUAAAUCUCUUCAUAAAAUAGCAAAAAUAGUUUUUUAAAGGGGGAAGGGGGGGGAGGGUGUUUGAUUUGCUGGCUGAAUCAUCCCCGAGCACAUUUUUUUGUAAUAAACAGUUACGUGAAACAAACAUCAUCUUGUAAUUUUUCCCAG